AUGGUUGAUUUGAAUAGCCAAGCUUUGGAAAAUAAUACCUUAGGCCCAAGUGAACAAGCGAAGCACACAUCUGCAAGACAGCAGCAUUUCCAUUGGCAGCUCCGCCUCUCCUGGCGUCUCUCAAGAGAGCUGAACUUGCAAUGGCGCCAGCAGAUGAUUGGAUGUCAGUCGUUGUGUAUUUUGGGGCUUCGCGAGUGGAGUGUGAAGUUGAAAAUCGGGAGAGUGAUCCAUGCCAAAUCGGGAAUCCCAGCAGGGAUGUGGGUGGAGCCGUAUCUUGAAAUGGCAAUAAUCAUAGACCCAUCCUCCUGGAACACGCCCACGGCGGAUAAUGAUUGGAAUUCCUCGAGCAUCUCUCCCGUUUCCCCCGCGUUUAAGUGCAUUAUUGUUGUCGUUUGCCAAAGUGCUGUGGUGGCUCCCUUCAAGGUAGGAAUAUAUAAACAUUACAGGUGGAAUACCCCGGAAACAAAACUUUGGAAUAAAACUUUAGGGGCAAUGAAUUUUGUCCACGGCCAAGAGAAGAUUACCAAGGUGGGGACUGGUGGAGCCGCUGGGGCCGACUACGAUCAAUAG